CGAGCCGACCGAGUUUGCCAGGGAACGAUGUCCUUCGCAAUCGUGAGCCGCGCGUUCCAUGGAAAUGUUUGUUUUGCUCGACUCGUCGGCCGUUGAGACGAUUGUCGUCCGUCAACUUAACCUCUACGCCGUGAAUCUGCUGGUUCUACUCCGCGAGUCGCAGUCGUGGACGUCAUCCGCGUCGAGCUGCUUGACUCGAGAAUCCUCCAAAUCUUCCUUAUUCUGGAUUAUCAGGAAAUUUGUUCAGGAAUACGUGUGGAUACGUAAGAGAUGGCCGGCAAUAACGAGCUCUGGGUGCAGUGUUUCACGUGCUGCCUGACGCCACGGCCAACGAGGAACAACAGGCGGAACGGUGGCAGGCCGCAUCAGAGACUCAGGAUAGACCGGAGCAUGAUCGGUGUGCCCACGAAUUUCAGACACACAGCGCACAUCAGCAGUGGCGAUAUCGACAUGUCGAUCGCCCAGCUGGCCGACCUCCAGGCGCAAAUGCAGAGGAAGAGUGGUUUCGAUGCUGAUUUCAACGCCAAGGCAUGCUGAGAAUAGCUUCGUCAAUGUCACAGGAUAUUUAACACGAUAGCAACAGAACGAGAGAAGUUUACGAUGCAGCAGAAGGACGACUGAUAUUUUCUUUUUGAUAUCCAUGUUCCUUACUCGUCUAAUGGACGAGCGCAUUUCUUUUAUAUGAACAAGAUGCAUUUUGCAAAAUGCUCCGUUAGAGAAUCAAGACAAAUUUAUGUACACUGGACAAGUCUCUGACUUCCAUUUUGAACGGAAAAACUGCCAGAAGUAAUCAUGUUACAGCGUACAAAUAAUUACUUACGACUUUAUACCUCUAUAUUUUUGACUGGAGACGCAUUGCGUCUAAAAGCUUGAAAUAUUUUAUAAACGUAUUCUAUAAAUCAUGUGCCUUUUUGUCAGUGAUCUGACGUUCCGAGUGGAAAAAAAAUAUGUACACAAGAACGAGGAAUAGAUCGUUUUAUUUGUAAAAUUACUCGUAAGAUUUAGAAAACAUAACGUAGACGUGUAAUUAGAAUAUAAGUAAUCGUAUCACAUAAUAUCACAUAAUAUAAUUCUGUACACGUAAUACUUAUCCUAUUGUCGAAUAUUGUUCGCGUAUAUUAAUAAUACAAAAGAGCCUUGGUGAUAUUUAUAUGAAAACAUAGUUCCUUCAUGAAGACACCUUUGUUCCCCCGUUAAUCGACAUGGUAUCGUCGGUUGUUCUCAGCUCGCGAAUUCCUUCGUGCAUCAACUCCCUCCACCUUCUUCGUAUUCUGGACACGGCAGUGUGGUCCUCCGAUUCAUAGACGUAAUACAAAUAGACCGAGUAUGAGGUAUGAUGUCUGAACGUAGAAAGAGAACGAAGACUAGGAGUAGUUGUUAUUUUUCUCUUACGAGGAAAAAGGUGUAACCAAAAACCGCUGGCGACGACUUCGACCAAACUUAAUAAUUAAUUUAAUCGAUAGCAUUGUUUAUAGCAAAAUUUCUCAUUCUAUUCAACUGUAUUUGUUGCUCUUAUUCUCUAAUCCUUUGUUUUUCAUGUGAAACAAAAAAUUAAUAACACAAAUAAGAGAAGAAGUGAAGGUCACAUUCGGUCAAAGCGAAUCUUGGUACCUCAUAUUUUUACGUGAAUUUUACAAUUUCCAGUUCGUGAGAACAAUGUGCCGAUUACACUAGUUUACAAAGUUUCGUGCGAGAAGAUAUGAAGAUAUAUAUUUUAUUUCUAUGAUAAUUUUCUAUGAGUCCGAAAUAUUUUCGGAAUUUUGAGAUAUAAUA